AUAAGAGCCAUGGGCAAUAUUUUUGAGCAACUUGUGUGCACCCAUAUUUUUGCACUUGACUGUACUUUUAAGUAUUUUUUGCAGAACGCAUAAAUAGCAUUCAUUAUUAAUUAUUAUGAAAAAACUACUUGGAAUCAUACUCUAUGCAGCGUGACGUCAAUAUACGGACCCUGGUCGUGAGUAUUUAAUAUUUAGUACCUCUUUUAUGAUACACUUCGAUGUCACGUUCUAAUAGUUAUUUGUUUGACAUAGGAAAAUCUCGUGCUAAUACUGAUAACCAAGUAAGCGAAAGAUAUAUAAUUAUAUAACAAAAUGACAAGCGCAUCAAUCGUGGAUCUAAUGUGUAAGGCUUAUGAUUAAUCUUAAGGCUUAUGGCAUUAUCGCCAUAAAUAGCGUACUCGUAAUCUUUUGAAGUAAUUAUUAUAUAUUGUUAUUUUCCAUUAAUUCUACUCAGUUAUCAUUUGUUUUGCCAGCAGUGAACAUGAUUUUUGUACUGCUAAUAUUAUUGACAAUUCUUGUGUACUAUUUUGAUACUCGGAAGUACAGCUACUGGGCCAAGAGGAACGUCAAGCACGACCCACCCGUAUUCCUGUUCGGAAACAACUUCAAGGGCUUCUUCGGACGACAAAGCUCUACAGAGAUAGCCAACGACUUAUAUAACCGAUUUCCUAACGAGAAAGUUGUUGGAUACUACAGAGGAUCUACUCCUGAGCUGUAUAUAAGAGACCCAGAUAUAGUGAAGGAUAUAUUAACCAAUGAUUUUGCUUAUUUCUAUCCACGAGGCCUCGGCAGAAACCCGAAGGUGGAGCCGUUGCACGCGAGUCUGUUCCACGCAGACGGCGACCUGUGGAAGCUGACGCGGAAGCGGCUGACGCCGGCAUUCACCACCGCGCGGCUGAAGGCUAUGUUCCCGCUGGUGGUACGGUGUGCGGAGCGGCUGCAGGGCGUGGCGCUCGCGACUGCCGCCCGCCCCGACGCCUGCGAUGCACGAGAGCUCAUGGCACGCUUCACCACUGACUUCAUCGGCGCCUGCGGCUUCGGCGUCGACACUGAUUCCCUUGGCAACGAAGACUCCCACUUCAGAAAAAUCGGCAGGCUCAUGUUUUACAGACCGCUUCCAGUCAUAAUAAAGCACAUGAUGUGGCAACUUUUUCCUCCGAUCAGAUCUUAUAUACAUGUGUUUAAUAAGGAACUCACUGAAGUUUUUUUCACUUUCAUUAAGAAUGUAAGAGAAGUUAGACAAUGCAAGCCUUCCGGCCGCCAUGAUUUCAUAGACCUCCUCCUAGAGUUAGAAGGCAAAGGCAAGAUCGUAGGAGAAUCAAUUGAACACCAGAACCCAGACGGUACGCCUGUGACUGUGGACAUGGAAAUGAAUUUAAAAAUGAUGGUGGCCCAAGCGUUCGUAUUCUUUGCAGCGGGUUUUGAAACGUCCUCGUCAGCCACAAGUUAUACUUUGCACCAGCUUGCAUUUAAUCCUGAAUUACAAUUAAAAAUACAAUUGGAAAUCGAUGAAGUGCUUCGGAAAUAUGAUAAUAAGCUGUGCUACGACGCCGUGGCAGAGAUGACGCUGCUGAGCAUGGCUUUCAAGGAGGCAAUGAGGAUGUUUCCGUCACUGGGCGUGCUAAAUCGUGUGUGUGCUCGGCCUUACAGGUUUCCUGAGCUGGGGCUGACCGUGGACCCCGAAGUGAAGAUUGUAAUCCCGUUGGAAGCGCUGCAGAACGAUGAGAAAUACUUCGAGAACCCGCGGGAGUUUCAGCCAGAGCGAUUUAGGCCCGAAAAAGUAAAGAAGCGCCAUAAAUAUGUGUAUUUGCCCUUCGGAGAUGGACCCCGAGCAUGCAUAGGAUCGCGCCUGGGGAACAUGCAGUCGCUGGCUGGACUGGCGGCGGUCCUGCAGGUUUGCAGCGUUGCACCGGCGUCGACCACACAGCGGGUGCCACGGGUGGACUCUCGGUCUAAUACCGUGCAGGCUAUCAGGGGAGGCCUACCGCUUCAGCUUACUGUUAGGGGCCAAUGAAUCUGAAUCAAGAGUGAAAAAGAUGGCAGAACGUAUUUUUAUUUGUUAAAAAAAAUGUAUUUGUCAGCAUAGGUUAAUUAUUCCAAGCCACAGACCUACAAUGUACAAGAUUGCGUGUCAAAUAUUAGAACUGUGACUAAAAUUGGAAUGAUAUCAAGUGUCAUUAGUAAUGUUUCAGAAAUAAUAAGUCAUUGCGUUAGUUGUA